UAGAAAAUAUCGCGCAUCAAAUUUACAUCAGUUUGGACACUUGCAUCGUAUUUACAUCAGGACAAUCUUUAAAGUGCGCGAUUUAUUUCCCAGUCAUUCAUUACAUGUUUCUGAGUUCAUGUAAUCCCUACAUCCCCAUUAAGACUAUGCAGUCAAAAAAGUUAAUUUUACUAGUAUGGACAUCCUUUGCAAUGCAUCCAGCUAUGUUUUCCACUAAAAAUUUCAGAGAUAACUUUAAAGUUGUUCGAUAAGACUUCAGCGCAAGUUGGGAUCCCUGUGUAUAUAUAAUAUGAAGAGGUUCCUGGGUCGAGCAUGAUUGUGAGGUUCCACCGAAAUGGCGUCCAAGAAGGUGAAUUUUGGAACAAGUUCAUUUUUGAUGUCCAAAAAUAACGAUACUCGAACAGAAAAUGAAGCAGAAAGUACGCAAAAUACGUUUGUCAAUGAUGGUAGUUUUCUAGAAAUGUAUAAAAAACGUAUGGAAGAGAUGGAAAAAGCACAGAAAUCAAGCAAGGAUUCUGUCCCUUCAACCUCUGGAGAUCAAGACACGACAACUCAAAAAGACUCUUUACCAUCGAACGACAAGACGGACAAUCUUGCAUCAAGUGCUGUUAAAACGAGUGUAGUUUCACAGGGAAGGAAAAGGCUCAUGGUGGGUAGAAUGGGUGGAGCAUCAAAACAGUUUCAUGCAAAGAAGAAGAAGCARGAGAAGCAAGCUGCACAAGAGAAGGACAGUGAAUCUAAUAAGGGUGACAACUCUGCUUGGAAUGCAUACAUGGAGGAGGUCAAGAAAUACAGAGAAGGCUCAUGUACAGAAGAAGUGGACAGAAUUAGACCCCUUGUAAAAUAAAUAUCUCUGUAUUUAUGUGUAAGGUGUAUUUAUAUCACAUGGACCGCGGAGCAGGGGGGGCUGGGGGGCUACAGCCCCCCCAAUAAUUUUUUUCGACAUUUUGAAUUUUCUCAAAACGCUGGAAAUGACAUUUCUGAGAGUUAAGAUUUCAAAAAAUUUCUGAACCCCCCUAAUACCUCGUCGCCGCUAGCCCCCCCAAACAAAUUUAUACUCCGUGGUCCUUGUAUCGGUAUACGCCCUUGCAGUCAUCAUUAAAAGUAGCUUCAUUUGGAAGGCAAAGAAUAUUGCUCUAUUUCAAGCUAAUUUCUUUCAUUCAACUUUAAGAGCAGCUUCAUUUGGAAGGCAAAGAAUAUUGCUCUAUUUCAAGCUAAUUUCUUUCAUUCAACUUUAAGAGCAGCUUCAUUUGGAAGGCAAAGAAUUUUGCUCUAUUUCAAGUUAAAUUCAAUUAUUCUUUCCCUUAAGUUGGUGCUGCUUUCCCUGACUUGCAAGGGGUGUAAUUUUUUUAUAUAUAUAAUUAACAUUUUCAACAUGGUAUUAUUUGGUUUGAGUGUUGACCAAAAUCAUGUUACAGUCAAUCCCAUUAAUGAUAUACACAACAACUGAAAGUCAUUUUCAUGUUCACAUUUUCAUCUUUUCAAGACUAUUCAACAUCAAGUUGUGAAAUUACAAUUAUGUCUGUCAGUAACAUUUGAUUGCUAUUUAUCCAGAGUUUUAAUUUGAAAUCCAUCUGGGAAUUCUAAAAAAGAUUUUUAUGGAAGCUAUGACUUGGCUUUAUGUCUUUUUGUCUGAAAAAUGUUAAUGGAUUGACUGUAUGCAUGGAAUAAUAAUGUACAAAUAAUCAUAUUUGUAAAAAAAAUAAACGAAAUUUAUCUUUUA